AUGGACCGCAAACGCGUAGACGGCCUCCCUCCAUGGAUGCUCACGCCGAAAGAGGAAAAAGAGGUUUUUUUAAACUGGCGAGACAACACCUGGAAAGCAUGCGACCAGUUUGUGCAAGACUUUGUGAAAUGCGAACAUAUGGCUGGUUACGGAGUGUGGUUCAAAUGUCGCAAGCAAUCCACCAAGAUGAAAGAAUGCAUAAAAUCGCGCCAGAAGCAGGAGUAUGUCGACGAGGAGAGAGACAAAUUUAUCAAAAAGAAAAUGGAAUUCUUGAACCAGCAGCGGGAGGGGCAGCGGAGAGACAAAGCAGAAUAA